AGGUGAGGCUGCUGUUGUAGUUCUCUCUUUUGAUUUUUGGGAUGAAAACCUCCACCGCACUACAGUUUCCUGUUCUUUUUUCUGGAUUUUUGGUGUGCAGUGCAGCCGGAUCCAGCUAGCAGUGUGCAUCGCGCCGUCCUGUGUUUCAUUAACGACCACCAUGGCCAUCGUGAAGCGCCAGGCGGGGCGGUCCACUACUGCUUUUUGGUUUCCGUUUUUAUGUGUGUUUUGAGAUGCAUAUUGCAGCUGGCCGGCGACCAUCCCCUCAUUCUCUCCUUCACUCUUUCUUCUUCUCUUCAAGCUACCUAUUCCAGAGCAUGCAGUUCGCCGGCCUAGUCGGCAUGCAGUGCAGCUGGUCACUACUAGGAAAAUGCUAUAGGUAGACAUUUAGCAGUAGCGUUGGUUAGAUACCCCAUGUUACUGCUAUUUAGCAGUAGCGCCGGACAACACCAGCGCUGCAAGCGUACGUUAGCAGUAGCGCGGGAUUUCCCAGCCAGCGCUGCUGUUGAUGGGCCACGCUCUCGGCCCCCUUUUGCAGCUUUAGCUAUAACGCUGGGCCUCCUCCCCCGCGCUACCGCUAAGCCCACCUCUGCUUCCUCCCGCGCCCCCCUCCCCUCUCACUCACUCACUCACACGCUCACACUCACAGAUCGAAUCCCUCAAUCCCUCGAUCUGGCCGCCGCCUCGCAUUCUACAUUGGUCGCCCUCCCCGCGCGGGCCCUCUUCCCCCGUUGGCCGCCCUUCCUCGUGCCGACCCUCCUCCCUGCCCCCCUGCACCGGCCAUCCUCCCCCCGCGCGUUUGCCCCCCCCCCCCCCCGACGCCGGCCCUCCUCCAUUGAGAGCAUUUUGUUCUUGACGUCGACGAUGCAUAUCCCGCAUCCUCGUCGUCGAAUCGGCGAAGGACUCCCGCUUGAGCCGAGGGGCCAUGUCCGGGAUUGGGCUCCGCCGGGCUGGUACUGGGUUGUGCUACCUUCUGGUGAGCGCAGCUUAGUAAGGAGUCAGCCCGUCGUCGACCCAGAGCUUCUUUGGUGGCGGUCACGUGGGCCUGCAUUGGUGCACAGGCUUGAGUCCCCCGUGCAGGUGGUACAGCACCGUGUCACGAAGGAGGAUGCGCACGUCCAGCGCUACAUGGUUGCGUUGGCGGACGGCAGGUUCUCCAAUACCUGGCAGAUUCUUUGAGGAUCUCAUCGGAGCUAUGAUCCUGUGAUGGUUCCUUCUCUUUGGGUGUCCACCGCGGCCCACUGAACCUAGAGGAGCUAUUAUUUGAGAUGUAUUGGUGAUAUUAUAUGAUGAUCUUUGUUACAAACUACUAUAUAUGUAUUCGAUGAUGGAUUGUUAAUUACCUAUUAGUUAUUUGCUUAUUGAAUGCAAAAGAUGAGCGCGGUUUGUGCUACAAACUACUAUAUAUGUAUUCAAUGAUGGAUUAUAUGAUGAUCUUUGCUACAAA